AUGGUGAAUCCAAUAAAAGCAGCAAUAGGAGAUUUUGUGUUGACUUUUACAUGGAUGUUUAUAUCUUCAACACUUGGAUUAGUCACAACAGAAAUUAUGAAAGCUUUUGAUCUUCAAUUUGUGACAUAUAAUGGUGUUAAUUAUCCUUUUAUUAUAAUUACAACAUUGCUAAUAUUCAUAAUUAUCUUUACUUUUACUGCCAUUGGUAAUGCUUUGGGUGGUGCAAGUUUUAACCCUACAGGAAAUGCUUCUUUCUAUGCUGCUGGUCUUGGUUCUGAUACUCUUAUCUCUAUGGCUAUUCGUUUCCCUGCUCAGGCAUUAGGUGCAGUGGCUGGUGCUAAGGCAAUUAAGGAAGUAAUACCGCCAAAAUAUAGUCACAUGAUUGGAGGACCUGCUUUGAAGGUUGAUUUGCAUACUGGAGCUAUAGCAGAAGGAGUGUUGACAUUUUCAAUCACUUUUGCUGUUCUCUUCAUCUUGCUCAGAGGUCCUCGUAGUGAGUUCAUGAAGACUUUGUUGAUGUCCAUGUCGACCGUAGCUGUGAUUCUCAUCGGUUCUGCUUACACCGGACCAUCAAUGAAUCCUAUCCUUGCAUAUGGUUGGGCAUACUUAGACGACUGGCACCACACAUGGGAUCAACUUUAUGUUUACUGGAUUUGUCCAUUCAUUGGAGCAAUACUUGCUGCUUGGAUUUUUCGUGCUGUUUUCCCACCACCACAAGUGGUAAAAAAACAGAAAAAGCGUAAAGAGGCAUAGUAAAUAAUGGUUCCUAUACAAACUGUUAUUAAUAAGUAACUUUUUUUUAGUAUAAUCACUUUUUGUUGUAAAAUCACUUCUUGUUCAUUCUCAUGUAUUUUGUUGCUUUUUAGGACUCUAGUUUUCAUCUGAUAAUAUAAUUUUGUUAUCAGGUCCAUUUCAUGUAAUAGAAAGAUUCAAUAAUUUUGGAACAAUGUAAUUCAGAUUUCUUUUCCAUCAAUGAAAA